AUCGCAUCCUUCGUCUGUCCAUCUCUCUCUCUGCCUCUGAGCCAUCACCAAUCCACACAGCCAAGAUGCUUUCCGCCAGGACAUUCGCGCGGUCGGCCACGCGGGCCAUUAGUCGCAUGAGCGCCUCCACGUUGCGUGCCUCAGCCCGCCCCGUUGCGUUCUCCAGAGCCUCGCCUGCCUUCCUUGGCGCCAUGCGAACCUCGCGAGCAGCCUUCUCCUCGACCGCCGGCCGGAGGGCCGCCGACGGUGAGACUGACGACGAGUUGUCUGCGAAGCUCGAGAGCGAGAUUCAGAUUGAAGAGGAGAUGAAGGCCAAUGAGCAGCAGCCUGCGAGCGUCAAGGACUUUCUGGACAACAGCCCCUUUGAGCUGAUCGACACGGCCGGCCAGGAGGUUGUCAAGCUGACGCGCUCUUUUGGUGAGGAAAAGAUCACGGUGAGCUUUUCCAUUGCCGACAUCACCAACUACGACCCCUUCUCCGAGGAUCCCGCGCUCGAGGAUGAGGACGUCGCCGACGACGACGAUGCCGCGCUGCAGAGCUCCAGCAAGCAGGGCAACAAGGCGUCGGCGCGCCCUGAGGAGGAGCUGGAGGAAGAUCUCGAGGACGACCUCGACGAGGAGACGGCCGCGCCCAUCAACCUGUCCAUCGUCAUCGAGAAGCCUGGCAAGACGGCUGGCGCGCUCAACAUCGACGCCACCGCCCAGGACGGCAACAUUGUCGUCGAGAACAUGUUCUACUACGAGGACGCCAAGGUGGCCAAGGUGGAGUCCCCUGAGGCUGCCCAGCGCCGUGCCGACGUCUACCCCGGCCCUCCGUUCGGCUCCCUCGACGAGGACCUUCAGGUGCUCAUGGAGCGCUUCCUCGAGGAGCGCGGCAUCACUCAGGCCAUGGCCGUGUUUGUGCCCGACUACGUCGAUGUCAAGGAGCAGCGCGAGUAUCUCCGCUGGCUCAGCAACGUCAAGGCCUUUGUCGACGCCUAAGCGGGACAAUCACCAUCGCCGCCGCCGCCGCCGCCGCUCACAGAAUUUGCCAGUGAACUACUGGCUGCAGUAGCCAGGGCAGGGAAUCGACGGGGCUCGUUCCGAACCAUGCCCUGUCAGUGGGCAAAUGCGAACCUCACUCAUGUUGUAAAAUAAUCUGCGGCUCCGCCUGCGCUGUACGAGGGAUCAUGGGAGUUUUAUCGGGAAGACGUCUUCAGUAACGCACAUUGUAUGAUAAGCUAUUUUCAAAUCAAACGCAAACUGAUGCUCUUUGUAUUGAAUGCCCGCCAUGUGUGUACUUCUGCGAACGUAAGCUGCUGUGUCGCAGGAGAUGACCGUAACGAGACUGGCUCGGCAAUCCAUUCAG